AGAUUGACACACGCAAUAUCCAGCCAGCAUAAUGCCGUCGUCUACCUUUGACAUCGCCGCGGUGAGAUCACAAUUUCCUGCACUCAAUCAAAAGCAGGUCUUUUUCGACAAUGCUGGGGGGUCCCAGGUCUUGCAGUCCGUUAUUAAUUCCAUCACCGUCUAUUUGACCAAGACCAAUGUCCAGCUGGGAGCCUCAUAUCCUGUUUCACAAACUUCAACCGACAAAUUUGAUUCGGGCUACCAGGCUGCCGCCAAGUAUAUCAAUGCCUCGGCUAAGGAUAUUGUCUUUGGUGCUUCGACAACCCAACUCUUUCGAAACCUGGCUACAGCCCUCAAGGUGAAAGCUGGAGACGAAUUUGUCCUGUCUAAGCUGGACCAUGAGGCCAACAUAGCUGCAUGGGUACAGGUGGCAGAGUGGAAGGGUGUGACAGUCAAGUGGUGGGUGCCGACCCAAAACACAAGGUCUAAUCCCAAGUUGGUCCCGGAAGAUCUUCAGACAUUGAUCACAUCCAAAACCCGACUUGUUACUGCGACACAUACCUCCAACAUUCUAGGAAGUGUCACCGACGUUGCAGCUCUGUCCAAAGCCAUCAAGAAAGUCAACCCCAACACCUUGUUUGCUGUCGACGCUGUCGCAUAUGCACCGCACGCAGCCGUUGAUGUCCAGGCAUUUGGGGUGGACUUUUAUUCAUUCUCGUGGUACAAGGUCUACGGGCCACAUCUUGCGCUCCUAUAUGUCAGUGAUAGAGGCCAAAAGGAGAUUGAAAGUCUAGGUCACUUCUUUAAGCCGGGAGAUACGGUCGAAGAACUCCUUGGACUAGCAGGAGGAAACUACGAGGCGGUGCAGAGCGUGCCCCAGAUUGUUUCCUACUUGGAUUCAGUUGGCUGGGAUGCCAUUCACGCUCAAGAGGAGGAGAUCCAGGAGAUUUUGUUGUCUUACUUGCGCUCCAACCCGGACCAGAUCAAAAUCUAUGGCGAACCCUCGGCUGAUCGUCGUUUACGAGUGCCCGUGAUCAGUUUCCGGGUCAAGGGUCGAAGCUCGUUUGGGAUCACUGACGCCAUCGAAGCAAGAUCGCAGUAUGGAGGUCGUGCUGGCCAUUUCUACAGCAAGAGGCUGGUCAGUGAGGUGUUGGAGAUACCAGACUCGGAUGAUGGAGUGGUUCGAAUCUCGUUGCUUCACUACAACACCAAGGAGGAGGUCGAGGGCCUGGUCAAGAUUCUAGAUGAAGUCAUUCAAGAAGGGAUUGGGAAGGCUGCUGCAGACCCUGAGAAGAAGGAAGUGUCCAACUGGUAAGCACCCUGAAAGAGCAAGCGGGAAGAUCGAAUUUGGUGGUGACAUGUCCCCAGUGGGCAAGAUUGCCUGUUAAGAAACGUGAAAGUCUGUCGCUCUAGACAAUGGAAGAAAAUAAAAUACAGCACGCCAGUUAUGUUUUCCAGGAGUCACUGUCUACUGUCGUGC